AUGGCCGUUCAAACAAAUACCACCACAGAUGAAAAGCACUCAUGCAAGACCCCUGCCUUGUCUAUUACUCCUUACUAUAGGGAUGAGUGGCUCGUCGACCAAGUUCGCUCUUCACUCCAAUUGGCCACCCGAUACGCCUUUAACCGCAGGCACAAUGAUGGCCAUUGGUGUGGCGAGCUCAAGUCCAAUGCCACCAUCACCGCUGAAUAUGUAAUGAUGCGACAGGCUCUGGGGUUAGAUAUGUCGUUGGACCGAGAUGAGCUGGUCGCGUGGUUUUUAGCGGAUCAGCAGAGGGACGGCUCAUGGGCUAUUGCACCUGGAUACCCCGGUGAUGUUUCAACGACAACGGAGGCGUAUUUCGCACUGAAGCUGUUGGGCGCUGAGUUAGACAUGGCACCCUUGCGUCACGCCCGCGAAUACAUCUUGUCUGCGGGCGGGGUCGCCAAAGUCCGCAUCUUCACCCGUAUCUACUUGGCCACAUUUGGUCUGUUCCCAUGGAAAGCGGUGCCAGAGCUACCGGCAGAGCUCAUAUUGGUGCCCGCGAUAGCGCCCAUCAGUAUUUACCGACUGUCUUCGUGGGCCCGCAGUACAAUUGUCCCGUUGCUGAUAGUGAGCCAUCACCGUCCAAUAUAUCCUCUCCCAAACGGGAAAUCGGCAGCAAAUGAUUUCCUAGACGAAAUAUGGCAGGACUCCAGCAACAAACAUGUCCCAUACUCCCCGUCGCUAUGGGGGUUGUGGAAAACGGAUGCCGUUGCCUUCACGUUUACUGCACUUGACAUUGCCCUUCAUUGGGUCGGUGGCCUACGAUCAUCCCCCAGUCGUGCAUAUGCCCGAAGAAAAUGCGUUGAAUGGAUUCUGGAGCACCAAGAAGAGGAGGGGGACUGGGCAGGGAUCUUCCCCCCGAUGCAUGUUGGCGUUCUCGCAUUGUGUCUCGAGGGGUAUAAGCAUGACGACUUGCCGGUAUGGUCCGCACUAGAGGCGAUUGAGCGGUUCGCCUGGCUCGACGGCGGCAAGAAAAGAAUACAAGCGUGUCUGUCGCCAGUAUGGGACACCAUAUUAAUGACCAUCGGGCUCUGUGAUGCAGGAUACAAAGGCCGACUAUCAACAGCGAUAGAUUGGAUUACCAGUCGUCAGCUUCUAGGGACGGAGGGGGAUUGGCGGAUAUACAAGCCGGAUGUUCCGCCUGGUGGCUUCAGCUUUGAGUAUUUCAACAGAUGGUACCCGGAUGUCGAUGACACUGCCGCGGCCAUUUUGGCCAUGCUCAAACAAGAUCCACAAUUGAGGAACUCCUUGCCCGUAAGAAAGGCCGUGGUGUGGAUCCUCGGCAUGCAGAACUGCGAUGGGGGGUGGGGUGCAUUCGACGUCAACAACGACAAGCUCUUCCUCAACAAGAUUCCAUUCAGCGAUAUGGAAAGUCUGUGUGACCCUUCAACAGCUGAUGUCACCGGCCGUAUCUUAGAGGCGUUCGGCCUCAUCAUGCAACUCUCCUUCGGCGAUCCCAGCAAUCAUUCGCUUGACGAUCUAAUCGACCAGAUGAACCUUGCUUGUUGCCGUGCCAUUUCCUAUCUUGCCCAUCACCAGGAGCCUUCUGGGUCAUGGUACGGCCGCUGGGGAUCCAACUACAUAUACGGGACGAGCAACGUACUCUGUGGCCUGGCGUACUUCUCUGCUGGGUGUACCAGUACAGCGCAAGGCGACGAUGCUGUUAAGGAGCACAUAGAUUCCGCAAUUCACUGGUUGAAGUCGAUUCAAAAUCCCGAUGGCGGGUGGGGCGAAACGCUCAUGUCGUACAAAGACGCAAGACUCGCCGGUCAAGGCCCUUCCACGGCAUCACAGACUGCGUGGGCGCUCAUGGGGUUGCUUUCAUCUCUUCCCCCCACAGAAAAGGUGGUACAAGAUGGAGUGAGGUAUCUUUUGCGGACACAAACAAGAGUCGACAAUGAAGGCGAGGCAUCCUGGCCCGAGACACUGUACACCGGGACUGGAUUUCCCAACCACUUUUACCUGGGAUAUUCAUUCUACCCCCACUAUUUCCCGAUGAUGGCUCUCGGACGAUAUGUACAAUUGACAAGGCGACCGGCUCCACAGGCUUGA